UUUCUUCAUGGGGUUCAUAAUUGGUUGGUUUUCCAGCCCCACCAAAGUUGAGCAUGACAAAGCACUCCAGAUUCAUCUGAGUGAGUUCUUUAAUGAAAUGCGUGCAGACAACAUCAAACAGCAUCUCAGGAGGUUCACCCGUUUGCCCCACCUGGCUGGCACUCAGCAGAACCUUAUAUUGGCCGAGCAGAUUGCAAAGGAGUGGCUGGAGUUUGGGCUGGAUUCAGUGGAGAUUGUGCCAUACGAUGUUCUGUUGUCUUACCCAAACAGUUCCAACCCAAACUACAUCUCCAUUGUGGACCAGCAGGGGAAUGAGGUGUUCAAUACCUCUCUGGCUGAACCGGUCCCAGAGGGGUAUGAGAAUGUAUCUGACAUUGUUCCGCCCUACAGUGCUUUCUCUGCUAAAGGACAACCAGAGGGUGACCUGGUGUAUGUGAAUUAUGCUCGGACCGAAGACUUCUUUCACUUGGAGAGAGAGAUGGGGAUUAGUUGCAGUGGAAAAAUUGUCAUCGCCAGAUAUGGCAAGAUCUUCAGAGGAAACAAGGUGAAGAAUGCAGUGUUGGCCGGAGCAAAGGGAAUAAUUCUCUUCUCUGAUCCAGCUGAUUACUGUGCAGAGGGGGUCCAUGUGUACCCCCAUGGUUGGAGCCUACCUGGGGGGGGUGUCCAGAGAGGGAAUGUCCUUAACCUCAAUGGAGCAGGAGACCCCCUCACACCAGGGUAUCCUGCUAAAGAAUACACCUACAGAUACAGUUUGGAUGAAGGAGUGGGACUUCCCAGAAUUCCUGUGCAUCCAAUUGGCUAUCACGAUGCCCUUCAUCUUCUCAAGAAUAUGGGGGGACAAAUUCCUCCGAAUACCUGGAAGGGGGCGCUGCAUGUGUCAUAUCGCAUAGGGCCUGGAUUCACUGAGAGUUUUGCUUCCCAGAAAGUUCGGAUGAACAUCCACAGCAGUAACCAGGUGACCAGGAUUUAUAAUGUCAUUGGAAAAAUCCGUGGAGCUGUGGAGCCAGACAGGUAUGUGAUUUUGGGAGGUCAUCGUGACGCUUGGGUGUUUGGAGGGAUCGAUCCUGUCUCAGGAGCAGCUGUUGUCCAUGAGAAUGUGAGGAGUGCAGGACAGCUGAUGAAGAAAGGCUGGAGACCUCGGCGGACUCUAAUAUUUGCCAGUUGGGAUGCGGAGGAGUUUGGCCUGUUAGGGUCUACAGAGUGGGCAGAGGACAAUGCUAAGAUUCUGCAGGAGCGAGCUGUAGCUUACAUCAACGCUGACUCUGCCAUCGAAGGUAUGUACACCCUCAGGGUAGACUGCUCUCCCUUACUGCACAGUCUGGUCUAUGACAUCACCAAACAGAUCAGAAGUCCAGAGGAAGGAGAAGAAGGAAUGAGCUUGUAUGAGAGUUGGCAUAAACGAGACAACUGGACAGACAAUCGAGAUGCACCCAGGAUAAGUAAACUGGGCUCGGGCAGUGAUUUUGAGGCCUAUUUCAUCAGACUGGGAAUUGCCUCAGGAAGAGCCAGAUAUACCAAGAACAAGAAAACAGAGCGAUACAGUAGUUACCCUCUGUACCACAGUGUUUAUGAGACGUUUGAGCUGGUGGAAAACUUUUACGACCCGUCAUUUCGGAGGCUCCUGGCGGUGGCUCGUGUUCGGGGAGGUUUAAUCUUCAGCUUGGCCGACUCUGACCUUCUCCCUCUGGACUGUAGGGAAUACGCAGCGUCUCUGUCCAAAUACGCUCACAGCAUAGAGCAGCUGGCCCACAGACACCCAGACGCCAUGACGCUCUACAGUGUGUCCUUUGAUUCUCUUUUCUCUGCCGUGGAGAAUUUCACAGAGGCAGCGCUGGUUUUCCACAAACGUCUGGAAAAUCUGGACAUGACAGAACAUGUGGUCUUCGCUCCGAGCAGUCACAACAAAUACACGGGAGAGUCUUUUCCAGGGAUUUACGACGCGUUGUUUGACAUCGAGAACGCAGAGAAUCCGUCCAAAGCCUGGGACGGAGUCAAACGACAAAUCAGCAUCGCAGCGUUCACCGUCCACGCUGCUGCCAUGACACUCCAGCCUGUCGCCUGA